AUGAUAUCCUAUAUUGUCCCUCUGUUGGCGACAUUGCCCGGUUUGGUGGCAUCAGCGGCCACCCUCGCCCCCCGCGAUGAUGGCCCAGCAGAUUUCAAAGCGAUCUUUGAUCCCGUAUUGUCUCCUGGGGCUCGGUUGUACCUUCCAGGUGACCCGGAAUACUUCAACAUGACCUCGCGGUGGUCCAACCUGUUCGACCCGUCCUACAUCGCCGCCAUUCAGCCUGCCAACGAGAAGGAUGUUCAGAAUAUCAUCAAAGCUGCUAACAAGCACGACAUCCCGUUCUUGGCGACUGGGUCGGCUCACAGUGUCAAGCCAGGCUAUACCACGGUCAAGAACGCGAUUAACAUCGAUCUCAGCUUGUUGAAAAAUGCGUGUCUGGACUAUGAAAAGGACACGAUCACCAUCGGCCCUGGUGUUUUGAAUGGCGAGGUCUACGACAUGGUUUACAAUGUGAAGAAGGAGCUCCCGCUCAGCACGGAUCGCUGCAUCAGCGCCCUUGGCACCAUGAUCGGUGGUGGUCUGGGAACCCUGUAUAGUGUUCGCGGUAUUCUGGCCGACUCUCUCGUCUCAGCCCACGUGGUGACUGCUGAGGGAGAGUUGGUCACCGCGUCCGCCACCGAGAACCCCGAUCUCUUCUGGGCAAUCCGUGGGGCGGGGCACAACUUCGGCGUCAUUACCUCUGCUACCCUCAAGAUGUAUGACCUGACCAACGGCGGGAAUAGCGUGUUUGGCGAUUUCGUCAUCCCGAACGCCCGGAACGCGUCGGCCUUUGAGUUGUUGAAGUCCGUGGACGAAGAUCUGCCGGCAGGUGUCUUCUGGGGCAUUCUCGGUGAUUUCAACCACACUACGAAACAGCCCGGACUCCAUGUUCGCCUCCUGGUCUUCGGUGAUGACGCCGUUGCUGCGCCCCAUCUGGACAAGAUCAUGGCUCUGGACCCCGAGGUCACCUUCUGGAAGAACACCACCUGGAACACGUACGGUGAAGAGACGCCCAUCAUGUGCAACCGCCGCUGGAACUCCAACAUGUACUCCAUGGGUCUCAAGCAUACCGACGUGGACACCAUGGUCGCAGCGUUUACCAACUGGAGCACGUUCGCGGCCGAGCAUGACUGGUUCAAUGGCUUGCUGAUGAUCGAAAGACACUCCGAGGCCACUGUCAUGGCCGUCCCGGAGAAGGAGAGAGGUGUCUUCCCUUGGAGAGACACCAAGAUUCAGAUGGUCUUUGUCAACUACAUGGACGAUCCCAAAUAUGCCGCCCCGCUGGACGACUUCAUCCAGCCAACUCGAGCAGAGAUCCAGUCCGUCAUGGGGUUCGAGAACCAUCACAGCUACGUGAAUGAGGCAUACGGCGACGAAGGCCCCGCCGUAUGGUACGGCGAGUGGAAUUUACCUCGACUGGUGGAAUUGAAGCGGAAAUGGGACCCGAAACGUCAAUUUGGAGCCGGCAUGCCUAUUCCGUUGAGUCUUUGA